AUUUUUGGGCCAUCUAACACCUUUUCAUUAAACCUAAGGACAAUAGAAAUGGGAAACGUAUUUUUUGUAAUAAUUUUAUAUGUUUUACGUAUUGAUGGCACACUACAAAGAGAUACAUGCGAAGGACUUGAGGAAGGAACUCGCCUACCUCAUUCCACACAAUGCGACCGCUUUAUUAUUUGCAGAACACAACGCAUGUACUCGGUUGGACGUUGCCCUCGUGGUCUACACUUCAACCGUCGCCUAGGCGUUUGCGACUUUAAGCUGCAUGCUCGUUGUGAUACGUAUUUGUCAAUGCCAAAUCCAAAAGCAUUGUCGAAGGAAAGUAUAUAUGAAGACAAUUGUUGUAGCGGCUGUAAUUGCAAUUGCAACUCUAUAAAAGCCCCCUUUUAUGAAACUGCAGCUGCAGAUGAUAUACUAUUACCAGAUUCGAAAGGCCCAUCCACAGGUCCUUCGGGUACUACUUGCAAUAAUAAAGGCAUUUGCGAAAAUCAACCAGACGGUGCCAUGUUUCUACGCCCCGGAUCAAACGGUUACAUUGUUUGCCAGUGUGAAUGUGAAAUUCCAAUGUCAUGCCCUCCAAAUUUAAUAUUUAAUUCAGUACUUAAGGUUUGUGAUUGGCAAAAUAUUCAUCCGCACACGGAAAGCACUCUGCCCAUUAGAGCUACAACAGUUUCAAAAUAUUUGCCUGCCUAUGACACAUCCUCAACUCUAUACAGAUCUUCAACUUCAAGUUAUCUGUCGACUAGUGGUACAUCUUCAAUGCCAUGGGAUUCAACGCCAACGAGACAAAUAGCAGUAACUACAGAUAUAUCCUCAACACCAAACUAUCCGACUACCUCCGGCACAGCCUCAACAUCGUCUGAUACAAAGACAAAAUCUGCGACUUCAACAACAAGUAAUCCAGCUGCUGGACCUUCAGGAACUACUUGCAAUAAUAAAGGAGUUUGCGAAAAUCAAUCAGACGGGGCUAUGUUUCCAAAUCCUGAAACAAACGGGUAUAUAGUUUGCCAAUGUGAAUGUGAAAUUCCUAUGCCUUGUCCUUCGGGAUUAAUUUUUAAUCCGGUGCUUAAGGUUUGCGACUGGCCCGUUAGCCCUCCAGCCACAGUAAGCCCACCGCCCAUUAGAACUACAACAGUCUCAUCCUCAACACCCAAACACCCGUCUUCCUCUGACACAUCCUCAACUCAAUAUAGAUCUUCAAUUUCAAGUUAUCUGUCUUCUACUAGUACAUCUUCAAUGCCAUGGGAUUCAACCUCAACGACCCAAAUAGCAGUAACCACAGAUAUAUCCUCAACACCAAACUAUCCGACUACCUCCGGCACAGUUUCAUCAUCGUCUGAUACAACGACAAAAUCUGCGACUUCAACAACAAGUAAUCCAGCUGCUGGACCUUCAGGAACUACUUGCAAUAAUAAAGGAGUUUGCGAAAAUCAACCAGACGGGGCUAUGUUUCCAAAUCCUGAAACAAACGGGUAUAUAGUUUGCCAAUGUGAAUGUGAAAUUCCCAUGCCCUGUCCUUCGGGGUUAAUUUUUAAUCCGUUACUGAAGGUUUGCGAUUGGCCCCGUUCUGAUGUUAUAUCAGCAAGUAGUCCCUCCACUGGUCCAUCAGGCACAGUGUGCAACAAUAAGGGCAAGUGCAAUGGUCAAAAAGAUGGCACCCUAUUUGCCGAUCCCAACACUAGUGGCUUUAUCGUAUGCCAGUGUGAGUGUGAGGUCAUAAUGCCUUGUCCGACUGGUUUAACUUUUAACCCUAGCGUAAAUGUAUGCGAUUGGCCUCAAACCUUCCUGUAAAAAUAUACGAAAAUAAAAAAAACAUUUGAAUUGAGAAAACUGUGGGAUGAUUCUUGAUUGAAAACGAUCACCUCAGUAGUUGUAUUGGGUAUGAUGUGGGAUGCCAACAUCUCAAUUUAAAAAGUGGAGCACUAAUACAGAUGAUGCCUUUUUACAGUGUAACAGAUAUACUUUACAAAAUAAUUUGUUUACAUUUCCCAUUCAAAUUGAUUCGUUUGAUCUUUACAUUCCACUGUAAUAUAUUUUCGUAAGAAUAAUCGAGGGGUCUAGUUAUUUCUUAUGCCAGGAUGGGUUGGGUCAAGUGAAAAUAAAUUAAAAUGAAUUUGUGUUACAAAUCAAAUUUUGGCGGUCUUCCGCAUGGAAGCCAAAUAAACAUCAAAGUAUAUACCAUCGCAAAUAAAUACAAUUUACCUACUGAAAAUAAUAAAAAAAUUAAAUAGCAUAACGAAAAGGUAGAUGUUAUCAUUCGCAUGCACUUCGAUAAACAUCACAGAUGCUGCUGCAAGCCCGAUAAAGUGCGAUAAAAAGAUGUUAAACAAUAUACUUGGUCCCUGCAUGUACAUACAGAGCUACGCGCAUACUAGGGACAGAGAUCUUCCCCA